CUAAAUAGAGAGAAGAGGACGUGGAAGAAAAAACACCUUGUGCUACUUUACAACAGAGUGCACAGAAAGAAAGCUGUGUACAAAGUAAACAUAAAAGAGGUUCUCUUUAGGUGCUUCAACUGUAUGAAAAGCUAGGUUAUGCUUAACAGUGGCCUCAGUCAAGACACCCUAGCAACAACAGUGCUAAAGAAGGCAGACGGCAACACCAAAGUAGGAUACUAAUUUAUAUGUAUAUGUGCACAUUUAGAUUAUAUUUCUAGUUAAGUUACAAUGUUUCUAUCUACCAGGUGACCUUUGUGCCUGCUAGGUGUGCUUUAGAGACCCUACUGCAUCUUCCCCUUCUUAGGGUUCAUUAUCUUUUCCUGGUCCUGAACUGGGCAGCCCUUCCAACAGAGGAUGACCCUGUCCAAAGUAGUCCAGCUGAUCAUCCUGACUUAUAAACAAACUGUGGUUUACAGCUGCUUUCUUUUUCAGUCCAGUCCAAAAGUGCAGAAAACUUUGUUUUUGCACAAAUAGAGUUUAUACCUAGUACUGGCCCCAAUCUGCUUUCUGGGCCCACUAUCAAUGUGCUUUAGUAAGUGGCAUCUACAUCCAAUGCACACUGGAUUCUGGAUUUCUGAAAAGUUAGUAUUUUGGAAGAAAGUUGCAGAAUAGAUUAUGAUAUAUAAAGGUGAUUUGAGGACUGGACAAAACUCUUCCUUUUUUAUGGGUUGUGUCCAAUGCUAGUCCUAUUCAGAGUAAACUGACUUAAAUCCAUGGACUUAAGUUACUUGUGUCCAGAAGAUCUCCUCUGAGUAGGACUAGCACUGGCUACAAACCUAUGUCCCAACAUUUGGAAACCUCCCACAUACAAUUUUUGUUUUUCAACCACAAACACAGUGUGAACUUUACCUGUUUUAUCAAAUACAGCAGAGUGUACCCACUGGGACCAGUAUGAUGACAAUCCAGUAAACUCAAUUUAAGAGGUCAUUUUGAGUAUUCUGUCAUGCUAAACAAACCAUUAGCUGAUACAGACCACCAUGUCUUAGAGACUCUCCAGUUUCAUAGAGAAGGAAAUGCCAUCUCUCAAUGUUGGGGAGAUAAGCUACUUCAAAGGCAGUUCUCACGUCAUCUGCAUAUCUCCUUCUUCUGCUUUCAGACUGUUGAGAAGAGGAGGAGGAAGUGGAAGAGAUGGAAUCCAGAGGCAAAGCCCACCUCAGACUGAAGACCAAGAUGAACAAUGCCUUGUGAGUACAUAGAUUGGUUUCAAUUUAUCUUGGCCAUAUUAUUAUUAUUAUUAUUAUUAUUAUUAUUAUCAUCAUCAUCAUCAACAACAGCAACAAAACAAUAAUGUUAUUAUUAUUUUAUUAUUUAUACCCCGCCCCUCUGGCUGGGUUUCCCCAUACUACAUAUAUAUGCUACAUAAGUGAAUGACCUAUGUUAGACUCUCAAACUGUGCUUCAGAACAUUUUCCUUAUUAUUUAGAAACUGUGUCUUGCUUUUCAAGUUCACUGCCACAGAAUUGCAACCCUGUGCACCUGUAUAAAUGCUCCCCUCCCAGCUAGAUGAAUUGAACUUUUCAACUCCAGGGCUGUAUUCAGAGAGCUUUAUGUAGUGCAAACUUAACUGUGCUGAGUUAAUGUUACAGCUUGGAAGGAGGAAUGUAGGUGGGUCAGAUCAUGGUCAAGAUAGCAAGCACCCUAUAUAUUCAAAGGUGAAAGGAGCUGAAUGUCUGAUCUUGAAGUGUGCACUGAUUUCCUUUCCACCAAGACAGUCCCUUGCCCUUUGUGAACAGAAUGUGAACUUUACCUCUAGGGGAUUGUUCUUAAACUGCAGUCUCACCAAGCUGACUCAGAGUUGUCUGUCAAAUGCUGACAGGGGUCUGGCAGCAAAUACACCAAGCUCUCAAGAGAUCAGCCAGACUAAAUAGGGGCUUUGUAAGGUUUCCUACAAGCCUCUGCGCUAAAGCAUCCAGAGAGAAUUGGAAAAAGUGGGUAGAACGUUUAAAACAUUUGCUUUUAUGUAUUAAAACCUUUAUACCCUGCCCUUCUGGUGCAAAGCACCUCUCAGGGCACCUUACAACAACAAUUAAAAUUACAACUUUAGAGUGUUUAAUUGGUAGCUAUUUAAAGUCAAGCAUACAAUCCAAGGGCUUCUGGGUAUUAUACUGUAGCAGCUGUGCCAAAAACACACAGCUGAGGUUAAGCAGGGACAUUGAGGGAUUUGGAAUAUGUUGACUGUGUACUGGAGUUUACAAAAAGCCACAAAGGGUUUUAGUUAAGAGUGUGUAGCAAAGAUGGUGAACCUCAGAUCCAGGGGCUAAAUGUGGCCCUCUAAGCCUUUUGAUCCAACCCUCAGGAUUCUCCUCAGAUCUGAUCCCCUCACCAGUCACACAUUUUAUUGGGCCAGCUUUACGCUAUCCUUGAGGGGUUUUGCCUGGCUGGAAUGUCUGCCCAGCCUAGUACAAAGCACCAGAGCAGUGUAAUGGAGCGCAUUUCUAGUGCUGGCAUAAAGAAUUCUGGGUAAUGUGUAACACUGAGGCUGGGCAGAGCCAGUGAGAUUUGGGGAGGCAAAGGACUCAGCUAUACAGGGGCAAAUAAAAAGUAUUAAGUGAGUUUUAAUAUACAAUGUGACACUAGAUGGCAAUGGUGAGCCUUAUGGAAAAUUCAAUGUAUUUUUAAAAACCCUUUUUAAAAAAGCAUUUUCAGAAUGGUUUUUAUAUGUGUGUAGAUUCCACCAAAGCAAAGAAGGUGGAAGGACUUAGUAAGAUGACUGAUAAAUGCAUACCCUAGUAUCUUGUUAUAUAGGGUAUCUCAUUAUAGCUUAGUUAGUUAGAGUGUGGUGCUAAUAGCACCAAGGUGGCAGGUUUGAUCUCCAUAAGGGACAGCUGCAUAUUUCUGCAUUGCAGGGGGUUGGACUAGAUGAUCAUCAGGGUCCCUUCCAACUCUAUAAUUCUUUGAUAAAAACUCUCUGUGCAGCUCCCAACCAGUAAAAACAACACAUAUCUGAACCUGCAACAACAAAAUUAAAGCAGCAGAAUGGUAAAGCAACAGGAGUUGGAGAAUAAAAGAAAAGAAAGGAUAGAUAAAAUCAGAUAUGACUGAUGUUUAAAAAGCUCUAGGAAGAAUAAAAGAUACCAAAAUGGCAUUAAGCAUAGGCACCAUCCAGAUCUCCCUAGGCAGAACAAUUCAAAGCCAGGAAGCUGCAACUGAAAAGGCCUCUCACCUGUUCCUUCAGACCAAGGGCCUCCAUCAAUGCUAUCAACACAGGAACAGCUACAUGCAGUAUUAUUAUUAUUAAUUGGAUUUAUAUACCGCAGUAGAGACUAGUCCAUGAGGGCGAACAGGGCCCUGCCCCACCAACCUCAGCCUGCCAGCCACAACCAGACCAUACAUUUAAAGUACCCUGAUACUGCUUUAACAGUCAUGGCUUCACCCCAAAGAAUCCUGGGAACAGUAGUUCAUUAACAGUGCUGAAAGUAAGUCAGGAGACACACACGCACCCUGAGCUACAAUUCCCAGUUCUUGGGGUCUGCCUCAGGUGGCAAAAUGUCUUGGGCCGGCCCUGUCACCAGACAUAUGUGCAACUGUGGCAAGGCUUUCCCUUGGUCCAGAAGGGAGCUGCCACAACAGCCUCAACUGGGGGCAGGCGGCCACCAACUUGGGGAGGCUGUAGAGAAGAACUGGAAAUUUUAAUGGCAAAUAAGGCUACCAACAGCUGCUAACUAUGACUGCUAUGCUCUGCCUCCAUAGUCAGAGGCAGUAAUGCUUCUGAAGACCAGUUAUAGGAAACCACAAGCUCCAUGGUCAGACAAGCCCACAGUACUUUGUCUUGUUGGGAUUGCACUUCAAUUAGGAAACUGUGAUUGUUAAUCUGGGGAAAGUUAGCAAACUGGAUGGUAAAUAAUGCAUUUCUUAAUGCAUUACAGAUGAAUCAGAUAAUUUCUAGAAGCUUUCUCUCUAGGGUUGCCUGAAAUUCUGCCCUCCCUCAACACACCUCCCUGUUUGACCUGUGGUUGUUGCAGUGCUCAGGACAAAGCAACACAGAAUCUUGCAUUUGAGUUUGGAGUUAUCUGCCUGGAACAAGGACGAUUAACAAGCAGGGCAGAUGGGGAAUCUUUGGGGAUAAGAUCAAGAGGCUUAUAUCAGGGAUACAUGGAAACAGAGAACAAACUGCAUUUUAAUUACAGCUGUGAUAAAAGCAGAAGGCAGCGUGGGGGGAGGGGAAUUCAGCCCCUGCUUUUGGUCAAAUCCAGCUUUUGACUUGGAGCUGAAACUGCAUUGGUGACGUGUGUGUGUGUGUUCCCUUUCAGCUCAGCCAAAUGCCAGCUUCUUCAGAACCCCCAAGAAACUGUAGGGUGGAUUGUAGUUUUUAAGCAGUUUGGAGAGGUGGUAGAUAAGUGCCCGUUACAUAGGGCCAAAUGAGAGGAUACACCAUUUACACAACUGGAAGUUCUGUAAAUAGCUUUUGGGGAGAAAUAUAUAUUUCCGAUAAAGGUAAAGGUAUCCCUGACCAUUGGAUCCAGUCGCAGAUGACUCUGGGGUUGCGGCGCUCAUCUUGCUCUAUAGGCCGAGGGAGCCGGCGUUGGUCCGCAGACAGUUUUUUCUGGGUCAUGUGGCCAGCAUGACUAAGCUGCUUCUGGCGAAACCAGAGCAGUGCAUGGAAACGCCGUUUGCCUUCCCACCAGAGUGGUACCUAUUUAUCUACUUGCACUUUGACGUGCUUUCAAACUGCUAGGUGGGUAGGAGCUGGGACCGAGCAACGGGAGCUCACCCCAUCAUGGGGGUUCGAAUCGCUGACCUUCUGAUCAGCAAGCCCUAGGCUCUGUGGUUUAGACCACAGUGCCACCCAUGUCCCUUUUCCGUUACAGGGGACCUAAUCUGGAACCUGCUCCUGGCAUGGAUGGGUGGGGUAGAGUGGUUUUAACUCAUUGCCCCCUGCAGAAGUGCAGAUUGAGAUUGGGUCUCAGAUACUUAUUUACUUUUUCAAAGCUGUUCACACAACUGCUAACUGCAUGUCGGUUGGUUUGGGCCUCUGAGACAGUUUGGCUAGAACAUGAAUGGCCAGACUGGGCCAUAUCUGGGCUUCUGUAUCUUUAAUAAAUAUGUGGCCAAGGGAAUUUUGGCAGGCUCUACAAGAGCUGUACCUGUGGGAAUUCCCCUGUUAUGCGGCUGUUAGAACAUGGGCUAUACCUGGGCAAAGGGAAAAGUGAAGGGGGGAAAGCUCUUGCUCCACUAACACACUGAUGUUUGUUUUUAUGUUUAUAGAUUCAUGGGAUGUCUAUUUUAAAACAGAAGUAUCUCACACAUUCCAACUCUACCUGUUUAUUGCUGGGGACAAUCUGAUCCUUGAUAAAUCACAGUCCCUAUGUUGGCAUUGGGGGUUAGGGAGAAUGCCUUUUCAAAAUGCUCGCAAACCCCUUUGAACUAGACAUCCCAGCUUCUUUGAAGGGGACAUAGCUCAGUAGCAGUGUGCCUGCUUUGCAUGCAAAAUGCCCUUGUUAUUCCUGGCACCUGCAGUUCAAAGGAGCAGGUAGCAAGUGAUAUGAAAGAUUCUUCUCUGUCCAAGAUUCUGAGGAGUCCCUGCCAAUCAGAGUAGGGAGUGGCAGACUAGCUGGGCAAUUGGUACAAUCUGGUAUAAGGCACCUUCCCAUGUUCUGCUGCUUCAUAGGCAGAGGCAUAGGUGGCAUUGUGGGUUAAACCACAGAGCCUAGGACUUGCUGAUCAGAAGGUCGGUGGUUCAAAGGUCUCAGUGGUACUGAGAGAGCUUUUAGUUUUGGAAAUUCAAUCAUUGCCUAUAGGGCUGAGAGAGACCAAGAGCAGCAAUAUAUUUUGAAUCAUUUGCUUCCCUGUUUUCCCCUAAGCCCAGUUCCUCCUCUUAUACCCCUUGGCUUCCUUUUUCUCUUCCAAUAUUUAGGUUGCCUCAUUGUGAUUUUUUUCUACACAUUUCAAACAUGAGCCCAACCCCUGCCAAGGAAUGGUGAUCCAAUAUUAUUCUGCAGCCAGGAUGAUGUAAUUUAACAAAAAUUGCAUAAUUCCUUUCUACUUGCUACGUUUAAAGCCCUGUCCCUGCCCUUCAUUACCUUCAGACAUUAUAUGAUUGUGGAGAAGCAGGAAGUGCACAGCACUUUCUUCUUGUUGUGUGGCUUGUGCCAGGCUUUCAAAGGAACUUGAGAGGCAGAGGAACACAAACUGGGUCCACAUGUACAGUGUGGGCAUCUCCCACAUGCAAAUGCCUUUUGGCAACAUUCCACUGGCUGGUAAAAACAGAAAGUGCAGCUCACGUUUUGCUUGCUCUCAAGAGUCAUGUUAUUAAUGGCGGUAGGUCAUGCACAUUCACAUUUUGUAAUAUAAGAAUAGAACUAUAUUAAUGUUGAUAACCACUAUGUUCCUAAGAAUCUCCCAUCUAUUUACUGGCUAGGCCAACACCUGCAGGGUAAGACAUUUUGCUGCUUGAAGUGAAGAGCAACAUGGCAGCAAUUCUCAAUCCCAUGUGCAAAACCUGAGCAACAGGACAGUGUUGUCUACUGCACUUGAGGGCAGCAGAUUAGCUUUGGAGACACAGAGCAGGGGGCAUGGGACAAAGCAGUCUGCCUGCUUCCCACCAUCUGCUGCCCGAGGCAGGCAUCUCACUCUACCUAAUGGUUGGGCCAGCGCUGCAGACUUGUUCAGUAGAGAUGCCAACUUUCCACCCACCCCUUUCUAGCUGUGCUUCAAAUUGCAGCCUGAUGAUGUGCAGAUUAGCAGAUGGCAGUGUUUAUCUCUCUGCUGUGAAAAGCUUCUCCUGCUGAUUUCUGCACAUCUGCCACUACAACAAGCCCAAGAGCAGGCCAGAAUGAUUGGGGGCUAGUUUGGUUUCAGGGAGGGGUUGUUUCUGGUCAGCUGGGAAUCCCACUUCUUAGUGUCAGAGAUGGCACCUUCAGGUAGUUCUCUAAAUUCUUGAGUUUGGUAUACCCAGAGUUAAGUGUUGUAGAAAAUGGAUUGCUUUGGUGCAGAAUGUGCAUUUUCUGCCGCCUAUCAUGGGCAACGGGGACUAAACUGGGUGAGCAUGUAGAACCAGAGGCUUAAUCUAGGAUGUAUCGGUGUGGAGAGGGACAAUUAUUUCACCCUGCUAGGCCUGGACCCUUGAUGGAGGCCCACCUGGCCAACCCCUGUGCAAAACUCUGCUUUGUGGAGCUAAAAGAGCAUAGCUGGAAUAGCUGUAACUCCGUUUUCUUCAAUAGCAGUAUUUCCUCCUCCUCGCCUUAUUACACUCCUCGGCGCCUCCUACUGGGAAAAGAAAGAGGGGAAAUGGCAGCCCCCGGCUCUGGUGUUGUCCUCUAGCAGGUUAACAUGGAGCGGGAAUUGUUUUGACCCAAGUCACAAUUGUGCUAUUGUUUUGCACCAGGCAGGGGGCCAGUCCGGAAUGAGGCUAGCGGCGAAAGCUGCCAGGAACUCUUUAUGCCACAAUUAAGCACCUGCUACGAAAGGAGUAAAAUCAGCCAAAUCAUGCGGCUGGCAAGCGAGCUUUUAUGCGUCCCUUCCCCCGUGACCCUGUCGGAGAAGGAAGCUAAAACCUGCGUCUCAGCUGCCUGCCGAUUUCAUUCCAGCCCAAUGCAGGGAAAUAAACAGCUUGGGGCUUGAAGCCGGUGGCCUCGGUGCUGGCGGGCUUGGCUGGGGAGCCGGCACUCUGAACCCAAGGCAGCCCUCCGGGACCCCCGCCCCCGUCCAGGAAGCCCAGGUUUCUUCUGCUAUGGAGAGAGAGAUCCCCGUCUUACGAGUCCGGUGAGGAAGGGAGCCGGGGGCUGGCGGGGAGGGAGGGGAGGGGGGCGCGGGGCCGAGGCCUCCCCAGGCGGAGCGGGGCUGGUGUGGCGGGAGCGAGCGAGCGAGGGAGGGAGAUGCUGCCGGAGCGCUGACGCGCAUUGACGCGCCUUUGCAUCAGCGCCGGCCCUUGGAGCGGCUCGGAAGGGCCGCGGCUCCGCUGAUCCUAACAGGAAGAGAGCAGGGACAAGUUUAUUUUGGUUAUGCAUGGAGGGGAGGGCAGGAGGGGGGAAACGAGCCUUGAGUGAGGACAAUGAGGGAUCACAUGAUCUCAAGAUGCUGGAUCGCAGCAGCUGGUCUUGGCUGCGGCGGAGCUGGGGCGCUGAUCCGCCUCCCAUUGGUCAGGCUCCAGUGAUGACUCGAGAUUUUCGUCUCUGUCCUCAUCCUGCGGGGAGGAGGGGGCGGGAAGGGCAGCAAAGCAACGCCGGGGUGGAAGGAGUCGAGUGGGGCGGACAGAGCUUUUUCGGGGGGUGGGGGGUGUAGAGUGCUGCAAGAGAACCCGUCCAGCUGGGCUGGGUGCUUGAGGCCAGGACGCGCAGGGGAGCAGAGUAGACUGGUCCAGACUUUUGCUAGAGGUGAAGUACAGUGAGGGUGCUCGUUAGCCCACAUACAUUCUGUGGACUUGUGGGGAGAGACCGUAGCUGAGUGGCAGCGCAGAGUGCCCCAGGUUCAGCCCGAUUCCCAGGCAUCUCCAGGUGAAAAGGGAGCAGGUGAUGGAUUGAGAGAGAGAUCUGCAAGAGACACUGAAGUCCUGUUAACUGCCAGGGUUGAUGAAAUCUGGUAUAAGGCCAUGGGGGUGAGAUAAAGCUGUCUGGGCCAGGCCCUGGUAAAAGAAGGCCAGCCUUGCAAAAUACAACCAUGCACUCCGUUUGUGCAAAGGAACCAACCAGACAUAUAUUUUGCUUUUGAAUCUUGUGUGGUUCUGUUGCAUUGGGAAGGAAGGAAUAUGUGCCAGUUGUUCCUCUGUCUGACAUCCCUAGAGCCCAAGGCUACUGCAGGCAGAAACUUAGUGGUCUUGUUUUGUCAGUGCCCAGAGGAGACAUAAGAAGGGGCAGAGAGAGAAAAGUCACUCCUGCAGCUUCCUUGAAAAGAAAUUGUAUCUCAGAUCUGCAUAACUUGGCAUGCAAUUAGCUUCAGAUGACAAUACUGGCCCUGAUCCACUUACUAUGUGACUUGCAAUUGUUUGAAAGUACACACCCUUCUUUGCAAUGGCCAUAGUAUGGGAGGGGGAGCUGGUGUCUCUGUAGAGCUGAAGGCAAAAUCCUGGGAUGUGGAGUGUUCAUUCUCCACUGAGCUCAAUAAGUUUUUUGAGUGCUCUCUGGUGUGCAUUAUGAUAGAACCUUUAGUAUGAAGUCAAACUGACUGGGAAAAUAUGAAGAAUGGGUAGGUACAAACUAGAUACCAGAAACAUCCGUUAGAAAAAGUGAAGAGGGCAUUGGGAAGGCUUGAGAGAAGCAUUUUUACUGGACACUGUCAAGCUAAGGCAUAAAAACCUUUCCCCCUUUCAUAGGUACUCAGUAUCAGGGACAGCAAACAGGCAAGGAUGUGGAUAGAUGAGGGGAUGGGCAGGUUAAGAAUGAUGAAGAAACAAUAAAUGGAUAUACUGUAAAGAAAACUGGCUUGUUUAUGUAUCUGAUUGUAUAAUGCAAGGGUAACAAUUACAUAAGGAGCUGGAAGAAAGCAGGAAACUGCCUAUACCUACCGAAUAUGCUUGAUUUCAUCUCAGGUCUGAAGUUGCCCACCUGUCCCUUUUUACCAUUGCACUAUCUCUAUUCGAGGGCUGUUUUUGUUUUUGCCAUAUUCAUCUUGAUCUACCUGCGACCUUGUCUAGACCAUUUGGGAACAUCUAACAUCUAGGCUGGAUGUUUCCAACUCCCCUCGCCUUCCCAGGGUAUCCAUGUCAAUAGCAGAACUAGGCUUUUCUAAGUCCCAGCAGCCCCCUUGGGACGCUCCAGCCCUACAUGCCUGAGCUUGGGGAAGGGCUUUUGCUAUUGUAUAAUUCUGCCCCCCCCCCCAAUUUAACAGAGCUUGAUGUUAGGUAACUGUGGUACACAAAGCUUUUCUUCUUAUUGUUUUUGCCCUGCUCGCUCCUAAAGAGCCUCUGCUGCCUUCCCCAUAAAUUGGGGCGGAGAGUGAUGAGAAAGGGAUGAAUGGCCCAAGAUGUAUAGAAGGGGAAAGGUGCGCGGGGGGGGGGGGGAGAGAGAAAUGUACAGGGUUGAGGGACGUUGCAGCGGGGCGGAAAGCACAGAGGGGAAGUGUGUGGUAGGAGCGGCUGCCCGAGCUGCAUCCCUCCUCCUCCCGCCCCCCGCAGCCCGUGGCCAGAGCCCCCUCCCCGGAAGGCCCGGCCGGCCGCCGCGCCGCCUGCCCCCUCUUUUGCUCGCUUUCGGCCAAUGAGCGGCGGCGGGGCUGCGGGGCGGAGCUUGCGCGGCGCUCCCGGGAGGGGGCUCUCCUUUUUUUGUGAAUGAAAAUAGGCGGUGGGCGAGUCUCGGCGCAGGACUGCAGUUCGCGCCCCGCUGCCGCCCGCCGCUCAGUCGCCCCGCGGCCGCCAGGGAGGAGGGCGGAGCGUCGCCGGCCGAGGAGGGGGCGCCCAGCUUGGCGAGGGGUUCCAUGCGGCUCGGCGCAGCCGGCCUGGGGCGAGGAAGAUGCCGCGCGAAGGGGCGCACCCGCUCGGGGGCCGACGCGGACUGUUCUGUCAGAGCAUCUGAGCCGGAGAAAUUUAGCAUCCCGCCCAGCGGUCGGCACGGCAGAGCAGGAUCCGAGCCGGGCGCUCGUGCCCGCCACCAUCAUGUCUCCGGGGAAGAGGUCGGCUCUUUCCGCUGCAAAUUGCCCCUUCAUAUGUGUUGGCGUAAGUACAGCGACCACCGCGGGACUCCCUCGGCCCCCCUUCAGUUAUUGCAGGCGCGGGAGCGGAGGGUCAGGCCAGGGUCGAGGGUCCGCUUUGCAAGUAGGGUCAAUAGUGCCGAUUUUAGGUGGGGUCGGUGAAAGCGCAAGGGGAGCUGCGUUUCCGCCAGUCUCGCUAAGCCCGGGCGUGCGCUGGUGAGAGAUGCUAGGCGCGCACAGAUUGCACGAGCCUCUCCGAAGAGCAUCGCGUACUCCUGGCGCUGUUCUUGGGGAAAUGGCUUCAAACCCAGAGGCACGCCUGGAGAGCGGCUUCUCUUCGACGCUGCGUGCUUGCCUUGGGUCUCUGUGGGUGGUUGCUGCACUGCCAAAAAGGGAAACAAACAAACGGAGUGGUCGCGCUGCUCUGGCGGGACUGGGGUGGGAUUUGCAAAAAAGGAAAACAAAGCAAACCCGGGCAGGGUGGAGAGAGCUGUGUUCUGCUCCAAGGGCAGGCUUGGCCAGGAUAUCUUUCAUUGCAUAAACCUUUUCGCAGUGUGUGGAGAGCUGUGUGCGUAUCGGGUUUCUCUCUUCCUUCACACAAGCCAGCUGCUCGCGCAGCCUCCUGUACUUUGAUGUGCUUGUAAUGUGGAAGAAAUGUGCAGUGUGCUUAGAGAGUGUGUGUGUGCACGCGCGCAUAUGGGUAGACAUAAAUAAACACGUAUUUGCGCCCCACUCCGCUUCGUUUGCGAAAGCAUCGCUCCUAUUAAGCUUUACCUCUUCAAUCUUCAUUAGCAUAAUUUUGCAGAGUAGGCACUGGUCGUAAUCUGCAGAGUUCUUUGCCCAUGCCUCCCUUCCUGGUCUCUGGGGGGAUGUUCAAGCCCUCCCACCCUUCUUCCUCUACAACCCCCCUCCCGGAAAUGCUCCGUAACCAAGGGAUAUUUUUACUAAUUAUUUUUGUUGCGCUAUUUCUCCCGGUCCCCCAUUUUGUGUUUUGUGAAAUGAGAUUGAGUGGGGUGGGGGCACAUUUAGCCUGUCGGUUGCUAGGAAACAGGUUAGGCUCCCUGAGAGAUUCUCUAGUUUCCUUGGCAACCGCAGACUGGGGCAGCUUGCAAGGAACACAAUUCUACUCUCUCCGAGAGAUAGCGGGGCAGAUUUGAUGGCAAGGAACUGAGGACAUGUCACCAAGAGUGGACGGGGUGAGGGACAGAAAAAGGGGGCACAUAGUGGAAUCAAAUGAGCAGGAGUGACUAGUUGUCGUCGAAAGACUGUCAUUGAAAUAAGAGGGGGUUGAGAUAAAGGAGAUAAGAGGGAGUUGGCAAAGGAGAUAAGGCCAGAGAGCGUGUGUGGCAGGAGAUGUGCUGGGAGGGAGGGGAGCAUCUGGAUGUGGUGGCGAUUACAGAGCCUAAGUGCAGGUCCUAGAGAACAAAAGCAACUAAUGGAUUUUGUGCACUCAGACAAAAGAGCUACAGAAAUAGACAGGGGCUGAAAUGGAGAGGAAGAAAGACUUGUUUGAUUAUCUCUCCUGCUGGUGUUGGGAUCCUUGGAGAGAGGGUUUCUUUUUAGGGGAGGGGAGUGGAAUCAUAACAGCAAGGAAGGAGAGGGGGGAGGAAAGAGGAGAGGCACAAAACAACAGUGAUAGGAUUUGUCUGGGCAAGGAUUGUCCCCCCCCAAAUGUCACAUGGGUGCUAGUUUGCUGACCGCCUCCACAGCUGCUGCUGCUGCAGCAGGAGUUUCACAUGGCACUUGCCUUCAGUUGCCUUUAUUCCACCUCCCCACGUGUCUUGCACACUCAUUUUGAAAUCCGCUCCCACUAGGAGUGAGUUCUUUUAACUGUUAACAGACCCAAGAAGCUGACUGUCACAGAGGGAGAGCUUGCUGCUAACUCUUGCUUGGGUGAAAUGGGUUUGGGGUUCAACACAUCCUGUUUUGUGCUUAAGAAAUAAGCUAUGAGGCCAAAGCCCACAAGGAGAUUUGGGCGUACAUGAAAAUCUAUUCUGCCUCUUGGUUGUGAUCACAGGCUCUCCAAAGAGAGGCAGCCACUAUUCGCACAUCAAACAGGAACUGGCCCAAUUCUUUCCCUGUUCUAAAAUUUGCUCUUUGUUUCAGCAGACUGCAUAUUUCUGAAGCAUAUGAGUAACAUCUUUAUAAUACCUAUUUAUUACUUUCUCCUCCUUUUCUCCAAGGAGUUCAAGGCAGUAUGUAUGGUUGUUCUGAUCAGAUUUAUUGCAUUUCUAUGCUGCUAUUCAUUCAAAUGAAUUUCAAAGUGGCUUACAAACAAUAAAUAACAAUAGCGUUAUAGAAUAGGGGGACGUGGGUGGCGCUGUGGGUAAAACCUCAGCGCCUAGGACUUGCCGAUCGCAUGGUCGGCGGUUCGAAUCCCCGCGGCGGGGUGCGCUCCUGUUGCUCGGUCCCAGCGCCUGCCAACCUAGCAGUUCGAAAGCACCCCCAGGUGCAAGUAGAUAAAUAGGGACUGCUUACCAGCGGGAAGGUAAACGGCGUUCCGUGUGCUGCGCUGGCUCACCAGAUGCAGCUUGUCACGCUGGCCACAUCUGCGGACAGCGCUGGCCCCCGGCCUAUAGAGUGAGAUGAGCGCACAACCCUAGAGUCUGUCAAGACUGGCCCGUACGGGCAGGGGUACCUUUACCUUUACCUUAUGCUGCUAUUCAUUCAAAUGAAUUUCAAAGUGGCUUGCAAACAAUAAAUAACAAUAGCAUUAUAGAAUAUAAUAGAACACCACAAAUAUAGAAUAGUGCAACCCAGGGUCACCCAGUAAGCAUGUUAGCUGCAUAAGGUUUUGAAUCUGGGUCUGCCCGGUCCUAGUCCAACACUGCAACCGCUAUACUAUUUUUGGUUGAUACAGUUGCACAGCACAAUUUCCUAGCUCUCUUGCUCUUUUCCCCAUGGAAGGCUGGAUUCUCCAAUUCACCGAGAAGCCCUAUAAAGGCGUAGUUGAAGAGCUGAGGGUUCUCAGUGCCUCUGGGGCUGAGAAUCACAACACAAUGUUAUGCAAGUAUACUCCAAAAUAAAUCCCACUAUAUUCAAUGAGGACCUUGUCUCAGGGAAUUGUGUUUGGCUGCAGGAUGAGGAGGUGGUGGCUGUCCACCUCUUAUUGGAAUGCAAACUCCCAUGAGCCUCAGACAGCAUGGCCAAUGCUAAGGCAUGAUGGGAGCUGCAGUCCAGCAACAUCUGGAGAGCCACAGGUUGCCCAUCCCUACCUUUAAACCUCAGUCAGCUUUCACUCCAUUGUUGCAUGAAGACAAACUGCCCUUGUUGUCCAACCUCCUCCUACCCUGGCAGGGUUGCAUAUCAGGAACUUUAAAGAUGAAAGACUCACAGUGUGUCCACAAUGGCAGCAUAUGUUUUUUGUGUUUUUUUUGGCUAGGCAUGUCUUGUGUGUUCACAUUUUUAUCACAAGUGCUGUUUUGUUGUUCUUGUUAGCAUCAACAGGUACCUGAGACUCAGAUAUUUUAGACCUGUUUCUGGGUGGUGCAUUGGCUACCCUCUGUCUUUUCAGCGCUCACUGGCUGAGAAAUGAAUUGCAUCCUUUUAACUGUACUGUAUUUUUUUCCCCUUGCCCCUUUAACCAUUUGGUAAUUAUCUUUUAUAAUAAUAGUAAGAUCACUUUGCCGCACAAUAAAUGUACGCUUCUUUCUCCAUGUACAACACAAAGUCCUCUCACAUCUUUUAUGGGGCUGUGCUUCUGCUGUGAAUAUACCUUAAUUCCCUCUUCAUGAGAAGAUGUUACACUCCCCCAGAUAGCCCAUUCAUUGCUAUUAGUGGUGUUGUGUGGGAUGCAGUUCUAUGUGUGGCAAGGGCCUCUGUUGACUGUAGCUUGUAAUAGCCAUGGUAAAGGUAAAGGUACCCCUGACCAUUAGGUCCAGUCGUGGACGGCUCUGGGGUUGCGGCGCUCAUCUCGCUUUACUGGCCGAAGGAGCCGGCGUACAGCUUCCGGUUCAUGUGACCAGCAUGACUAAGCCGCUUCUGGCGAACCAGAGCAGUGCACGGAAACGCUGCUUAUCUUCCCGCCAGAGCGGUACCUAUUUAUCUACUUGCACUUUCACAUGCUUUUGAACUGCUAGGUGGGCAGGAGCUGAGGCUGAACAACUGGAGCUCACCCCGGUCCAGGGGUUCUAACUACCAACCUUCUGAUCGUCAAGUCCUAGGCUCUGUGGUUUAACCCACAGCGCCACCCACAUCCCUUAAUAUCCGUGGUAGCAGAGAGCAAUAAGAAUACCUGGGCAAGGAAGCACUUCUGUUGUUAGAUGAGUGGAAGUUCUGGUCCUGGAGUUCUUGAAGGCAGCAUAAGGCAGGAAGAAACCCUUGCAUUAAGUAAGUUAAUCAAAUGUGUCAGGCCACAGUUACCUCUCCAGCUCCCCAAAUUAGCUCAUCUACAUGAGAUGCUGAAGAAGUUGUCUUAUUCUCACAAAUUUGAUAAAUGGUGAAAAAUUGUUUUUGAACAAGAAUAUUAAUUGUGUGAAUAAUUGUCGCCUAUGUGCUGUACGGGUUGCACAACCAUCUACAUGAGAUGGCAGCAGUUAACAGCAAAUUUGAUCAGUCCAUGUGCAUCAAAGACCCUCAGCUAUGUGCCAGGCAUUAGGACUGCAUACAAACCAUACAUUUAUAAAGCAUGUUUCCUCUCUUUACCCAAAAAAAGAAUAAUGGGUAUCAUGUUUGUUAAGGGUCCUUGGGUUUACAGCUCUGUGAAGGGAAAACUCCAGUUUCCAGGACUCUGGUGGAGGGGUGGAUACCAUGGGCAUAGCAGCAGCUUUAUAAUUAUAAUUAUUUGAUCAGAAAUGUCAGAAUCAUGGAAUAGUAAUGUUGGAAGGGACCAUGAGGGUCAUCUCGUCCAACCCCCAGCAGUGCAGGAAUCUUUUUGCCCAAAGUGGGACUUGAAGCCACAACCCCGAGAUUAAGAAAUAUCCCCCAAAAGUAAUGCCAUGAUUUUAAAACGUAUUUCCACUGAUCAGGUUGUUGGGGUGGAGGUUGUUGCAGUAUGACUUGGAACUGAUGAAACUGGGCUGAACUAUCCAAGCCUUUCCAGAGGCUUUUACCUGUCCGGCCCCUUAGUUAGAAGACUCACAGGCUUCUGCAUGCAGGAUCUGAUUCUCUGCCAAGGGGAGUUGGCAGCACCCCAGUAAAACUAACAGCCACUCUGAUUUAUGCAGGCUGGAUUGCUGAGUGGUGGUGCUCAGCCUUUCUGUGCAGAAGCCUGCUAUGCACUUCACCUCCAAAGUCCCCCUGAUGCAAUGGAGGUUGAAGGAUUACCAGUGCUGGCACCAUUUAGCCUUUCCUUAAGAACUUUCCGCGUUGUAAAUGAGAGGAAAGUACAUUGAAAAAUCCUCUUUGUACUUUUAGGAUAGAUGAAGCUGCACCUCUUUAAUGUGGAUUUUUGUUGUCAUUGCUGUUUAUUGGGGUUUUAUAUCUUUCUUUUUUCUCUUUCUUUCUUUCUUUCCUUUCUUUCCUUUCUUUCCUUUCUUUCUUUCUUUCUUUCUUUCUUUCUUUCUUUCUUUCUUUCUUUCUUUUCCCAGGUCCUAGCCUAACACACUAAGCACUACACUGUACUGGCUCUUUGUCCCCCCCUUCAUUCUCACUUCUGUACCAACCUUAUAUUGAAAACACACCAAGAAACUGACUGCAUUUGAGGAGAGCACCUCCUCCUCAUGCCAGUGUUUUAAAUACCCCAUCCUGAGCUAUGGUGUCGUAAUACUGUUUUGAGUAAGACACGGCUUCAUUGCAUAUCUGGACUUCAUGUCUGGCAAAAUACUCUGCUGAGGAUUCAUGUCUCUAAUGACUACAAACUGGCUGUUUGGUUGUGGGCUCCUGUUUUCAGGGUCUGUGUGUCCAUACCUGCUACCAAAGGUCUGUAGUUCAAAGCUUGAGUAACCAUUUUGCAUGCAGAAUGUCAUACGUUCAGUUUUUGGCAUCUCCAGGUAGGAAUGGGGAAAACCUCUGUUAGUCAGUGUUGACAAUACUGCUCAACUUGGUAUAAGGUAGCUUCCUAUGUUCCUAAAGGAUACUGCUAAAUAUCCAUACACUCCCAUGGUGGUGUCCCUGCUUACAACAACCUGUGUUGGGUCAUUCUUCUGUGCUAUGAUUAUCCCCAGUUGGGAUAGCCUUACUGUGAACUUCCCUAUCAUAGAAAACAAGGAAUGAAAAAGUCCAGAUGGGAGCCUGAGUCUUGCUGCUUUUUACUCUACUGGAAACACUGUAAGAUAUGCCAUCCCAAAUGGCAGUUGUUGCAGCCGCUUGGGCAGACAGGCAGGAGCUUGGCUGCUCUGCAGCUGCCCUGUUAUGCCCCAAAGGCUGCUUCUAUUAUGCAAGUGCAUGCACACACACACACACACGUGUGUGUGUGUGUGUGUGUGUGAGAGAGAGAGAGAGAGAGAGAGAGAGACUUGUGCAAGCACACAUGGUUGUGGAGCGGGGGGGGGGAUGGUGCUGUGGGUGGAGAGAAGGAAGGGAUAAAUUCCAUGAUCAGUCAGGUGGAUCUGGAAGUUUCUUUAACCAUUGCUGGAAAGGGAUGGACCGGUGGCUGGGGGAAUCUUACAUGAACAGGCAUGAGAGAUAAAAAGGAGGAAGCAGAGGCAGCUAGAAUCAAGUUGGCAGGGCCUGUGGUCUUAUCUGAGGCUAAAGAUGCAUGCUUCAGAAAGAUUACAUUUUAAAGGGACCCUGCUUUGGAUGGAGAGGGGUAGAGCUGCCUGGGCUCCAGACCCCUCAUGCAGGCUCUUGCUUGUUGCUCUCUGGGUUCAGUGUGGGUUGCAUCAGUCUGGAGGGGGCAGCUGUCCAAGUCUUCUGCAUCUUGGGAGGUUUGUCAUGGGGGUGGGGAGGAGAUCCCUUCUUGUUUGUGAGGGACAACCAGGUUGGGGAGCUGGUGCUUGGGGCAUGACUCCCUGCUAGAGGAGAUUAUUUUGGACACAUUUCUGGAGCAGGCCAUUCUGUUCAGCUGAUGUCUGGAGGGACACAAAUUCGGACAAUGUGGGAAUCCUGCUGAAUUGGAUUUGGGUGAGGUGAGCUUGGCAGAGGAGAAGACCAGGGUUGCUUGUUUUGUACCAGUCUCUACCAAGCCAAAGUGAAUUGCUAGAGUGGCCAGGUGGUCCAGUAGCCUCUGCUCAUCCUCCUGCCAUCAGAAACCAGAAGAAUUCAGGGCUGCAUACUGGCUUACCUAUAUCCCAUGUGCAUUAAAAAGGAAAUAUCCAGUAGGUGUUAUGUCUCAGACAUCAAAUUUUAAUAUACUUGUUUGAGUUAAUUUCUUUCAUUGUUUCCUUGUGUUACUUCAUAUUUAUAAGCUUUUGUUUUGUGUUGGUUGGUUGGACGACAUAAACAAACCUAAAUUUUUUAUUUUGCUCUGAACUCCAGUUUCUGCUUUAGUAAAUUUUGCCCAUGGCAAGAUUGGAGGAUAAGGCUAUCGAUGGCUCCUAGACAUGACACAGUCAGAGGCAGUAAUGUUUCCGAAUGCCAGUUGCUAGGAAGUCCAGAAGGGGAGAGGGCUCUUGCGCCCAGACCCUCCUUGAGGGUUUCCCCCAGGCAUAUUGGUGGGCCACUGUGAGAACAGGAUAGACUAGAUGGCCUGAUCCAGAAGGCUGCCUCCCUCCCUCCCGGGUGCUGUUUGUUUUGGACUUUACAUCCAUUUGUGGAAUCUGCUCUUGCUGCACUGUUUUCUCAGUGUGGAAUUAUUCUGUUUAUGAAUUGGUACGGAGCAAGGGAGGACAGAAUGAAGCACAGCCCUGCAACCCAUUGUGAAACAGUGAGUUGGUCAGACUGCUACUGCUGGGUAGUCUUUGUUGUAGGGCGCUGUAACAGUCAGUAACAUGGCAUUCCUGGGAGAGUUUCCUACCUUAUUUUAAACUCAUGGACAGCUAGCCUGAGAAAGAACCCAAACCAUGUAAGUAUUUCAGAGUCUGGGGGUAAUUCCAGACUGUUGCUAUUUUGGGGGUAGGAACUACCAAUCCUGCAAUUUUCUCUGGCAAAACCAGUCUGCUUUCUUCAGAAUUAGAAAUCAUUCAAUAAGGAAAGUAAGAGGAAAAUGCACUGGAAAGUGUGGGGAAACUAUUGCUUGAUAUACCAUAUUUUUUGCUCUAUAAGACUCACUUUUUCCCUCCUAAAAAGUAAGGGGAAAUGUGUGUGCGUCUUAAGGAGCGAAUGCAGGCUGCGCAGCUAUCCCAGAAGCCAGAACAGCAAGAGGGUUCGCUGCUUUCACGGCACAGCGAUCCCCCUUGCUGUUCUGGUUUUUGAGAUUCAGAAUAUUUUUUUUCUUGUUUUCCUCCUCCAAAAACUAGGUGCGUCUUGUGGUCUGGUGCGUCUUAUAGGGCGAAAAAUACGGUAAUACCACAUUUGCAAAGUUGUACCACCUCGUCCUAGACUGUGCAAACAAAUCAAGAUGAAUGCUCAAUAAACUUUUUCUCCGGUUCUGUUUUUUCUGUGUUCCUUUCUACAGGUCCCAGUUAAUGGAUUCUGACAUGGAUUAUGAAAGGCCAAACGUAGAAACUAUCAAGUGUGUUGUGGUUGGGGACAACGCAGUGGGCAAGACCAGGCUCAUUUGUGCCCGUGCUUGUAAUGCCACACUGACUCAGUACCAGCUUCUUGCUACCCAUGUGCCCACAGUCUGGGCCAUUGACCAGUAUCGUGUUUGCCAGGAGGUGAGUGGUAUCUUUGUCAAUGGAUAAAUCACCUGGGAAAUCUCACUGGUGGAAAAUCAAUACCUGGGCUUAUAAGUGACACAAGCAACUGCUUUAUACUGAGUCAGACCAACAAUCCCUCUAGCCCAGUAUUGUCUGCACUGACUGGCAGUGGCCCUCCAGGGUUUAUCCUAACCCCCUAGAGAUGCCAGGGAUGGAACACUGAAUUUUCUGCAUGCAAAGCAGAUGUUCUACCAUUGAGCCACGACCCUUUCCCACCUCCUCACUUUAAUCUGGUUAAUCCUGGGUUUGAGGAGAAUCAGAUUCCCUCCAGUGAUCAACAGUAAUUCUGGGCAAAACAUUUUUCCCUGCUCUGUUUUUCUGUGAGGAAGUUUCCAUUUUGAAAAUAAUAAUAAUAAUAAUAAUCAUAAAAUGAAUUGGCUCAAGUAAUUAAUACAGUGCUGAUCAAAUUGGGCAGCUUCAAAGUUGAGCCCCCUUCCCCCAAUUUCUGUCCAUACAGAGCUUGUGUAUAUAUAUAAUAAACAGAAAUGGAUAUCUCAUUUUUGACAUGCCAAAAUUAGUAAGCCUUCAUUUUUUCCCAUCUGAAAUUUAAACAAUGUAAGGGAAGGGCAUGUGGUUGAAUAGUUGUGUCCAUACUGUGAGAGUGCAAGCCUACUUAGUCUCAUUGCUUUUAGUAAGCUUACUCCCAGGUAAGUGAAUGUAGUAUUGCAGCCUAAAUUAGGUAUAUUAAAUUUAUUUUGCCCUAAUCAAAUCUUCCAUUCAGAUAUGUACUUCUGAUGGGUGGAGUGGGGGAAGCUUUUGAGAUUGUGCUCCCAAUCAAAUUAAAUAAUUGAAAAGAUUUCUGGGGAGGGGGGUGAAAUGUGGAGGAAAAAAAAUAUUCAGCCCUUUCCUGAAAUCCUGCAUCACUGAUUAUCAGACUAAAAAGCUACUGGGCAUUGCAGUCCUCCUAGUCCUUUCUAUUCAUUUGAAGUAUGUAAUCUUUUUGCCUUCUCUCAGGUAUUGGAGCGCUCUCGAGAUGUGGUAGAUGAUGUUAGUGUGUCCUUGAGGCUUUGGGAUACCUUUGGAGACCAUCACAAGGACAGGCGCUUUGCUUAUGGAAGGUCAAUAUUGAUUAUCUGGUGCAGUGCUAAUGAUGAACAUGGAGCAGACGUUCAGUCUUGGCUUAGAAGCUCACUGGGUGGUCAAGUGCAAGCAAACAUGUCUCAGUCUGGUCUACCUUGCAGGAUGGUUGUGUCCUGCAAAGGAGCCAGUUUCGCCCCUCCUGGAGGGGUGUCCUUCAUGGGACCCGCUAUACCUUUUCCCAUACGGUUGUCUGUCAUUGCUGUGAGAAAAGCUUUGUGCUUCUUGUGGUGAGACAAAACCUGCUCCCACCCCUCACUUAUGCUUUAAAGACCUGGCAAUCACUGACAGAAUCCUUCAGGGUGGAGACGGGGUAUGUAAUGUAUAAGGGAAACAAAAGGGGAAGCCAGGCCUGAUCUCUGACCUGAUGGAUAUGUAAAGUGAGCAACAACAUGCUUGAAAUCCAUUACACAAAAUUAAAACAAUAAUCUAAACAAGUGAAACUCAAACCUAAUCCAUCAACAGGAACACCAAUGCUAAGGAGUAGAGAGCUCAGCCAAGGUAAUAGUCUCAACUCUACUUAGAGAUAAAAAGAAUUAUAAUCACACAAAGGCCUUCAGAGCAAAUGUCAAGAGGCCUUUGCAAAGUGUUGCAAGUUGGAAAUGACAGAGGAGACUGAACCUCCCUAGGAAAAGAGUUCCCAUGGAUUUGGUGCAAAUUUUAAAAAGGCCCUGUCUCAAGAAACCACACCCUGGAUUCCAGGCAGUUAGGGGACCUGGAACAGGGUGUUGGAGGAAGAUCUUAAUAUGAGGCUAGAUUGAUAUAGCAGGUGAUUUCAUAUUAUACUCCACUGGUGGGGAGUGGAAUGUCCUAGCAAUAUACCAGCCCUUCCUCAAAAUACACACUAUGUGUUGAUAUGUAGUAGCAGGCAUCUCAGAUGGAACAAGUGGAAGAUGGGUGGUUACCGAGCCUAAAAUAUACAUAAAAGCCCACUCUUAGGGUUUUGCUAUCAUGGAGCACUUAACCAAGAAAUGAAACCUAAGUGGACAUAUGCAGAUGAAGGGGUGAGGGCUAUGCAAAUAGGACCAGGCACAUUUUUCAGUGACUCCAACCAAGUUAUCUGGGACAGAGUAAAUGCUCUUUUAUCUGAGACAACCCCUUGCCAUAAACACGGGGGGCUGUUGGGACAGGAAGCAGCUUUAGCCUUUUCCCCAAUGUUGUCCCCAGGUUCCUCCCUUAAUUUGCUGAUACUUAAAUUAAUGCUUGCCACACACUCCUAUGAGAGCAAAUAGAAUUCUCCAUGGGGGGGCAAUGUACCACUAUGGUGGUAGUGGUAACAAUGAGCACAGGGUACACAUAGACCCAUUCCAAACACACACACACAAUACACACACACACACACACACAGACAAACACUUGCAAAGACAGCACUGGAUUUGCACCAAAACCUUGGGGAAAGUUGGGGUGUGCAUUGCACCUGGAGAGACUGGGUGUCAUCCUGCAGGGUGCAUGCUUGCACCAAGAGGUGCUGACUAAUGUAAAGAGAGGGCUUGCAGAGACCAAAGUGAUAACUAACUCUUGCCUCCUCUCUGUCCACAGAUCUGACGUUGUAGUAUUAUGCUUCUCCAUUGCUAAUCCCAACUCCUUACACCAUGUGAAGACCAUGUGGUACCCAGAGAUCAAGCACUUCUGCCCCCGAGCUCCUGUCAUCCUUGUAGGCUGCCAGCUUGACCUUCGCUAUGCUGACCUAGAAGCAGUAAAUCGAGCUAGGCGACCUUUAGCCAGGUAGGAUGGCUUUGGUGGGCUGGGGAAGCUAAACUGUGGUUGGGCAUCACAGGUGCCACGUUUCAUAGACGACAGGACAGGGAGUUUGUGGCAUUCCCGGGCUAGAGCACGAAGACUCAUGCACUUGCCUAUGGCACAAUGUCAGGUCUGUCCUCCAGUGCUACACUGUUACCUGCUCCCUGGCUCGGCAACACGGAAGACAAAGGUGGGGAUGCUAGAUUUAGAUUUGACUUGUGGCAUCAUUGUCAGAAAGGUUAGCCAUCGCUAGUUAGGCCAUGGAAGCUGGUCCUUUAGGGCAGGCUUCCUCAACCUUGGCCCUCCAGAUGUUUUGAGACUACAGUUCCCAUAAUCCCUGACCACUGGUCCUGCUAGCUAGGGAUCAUGGGAGUUGUAGGCCAAAAACAUCUGGAGGACCAAGGUUGAGGAAGCCUGCUUUAGGGCAAAUGGGAUCCUGUCCCACCAACCUCCGCCAGCCAGGCUGCCUUCUUACUUAGUCUAGGGGGUGACGCUGCUUGUCAGUUCCUCCUCCUCAGUCUUCUUGUUGCACUUGUAGAGCACAGCAGGGAAGAGGGUGGGCACAAAACUAGAAUUGGUUCCAUCUGUCAUUGGCCUCCCUGUAUUCUGCCCUAACAGUCCCAAUGGACACCAGUGACCACUGUAGUUAAGCAGAACAAGCAAAUUGAAUAAUAGUCCUUGGUUGAAGGAGAAAGGCAGUAUGUGCAGGGAUUUAGUGUGUAUCGAACCUUCUAGUGUACAAGUCUUCAGCUUCUGCAGGUUCCUGCUCCAUCUACAUUGUGGGCAGGGACAAUUGGGCAACUAGUGCAGACUGUUCCCUGGAUGGCCCCACACCUGGGUUGUUGUUUUUUAAUAAAACUUCUCAUGCUUCCAAUUUAGCUCUGGUACCAGGCAGAAAGCUCUCUUGGCUAGGGCCAUGGGACACAUUCUGAGAGUAUGGAGAGUAGAAAACAAACUGCAAAAAUAAGAGAGGAAAGGCAGUAGGGGCAAAGGCAGGUACAGCCAGAUAAUGAGGAUCCACACCUGAUAGUUUUCGCCUUGUGAAUUGCCACUUUUCUACCUUAGGCUGACUUACCUCUGUCAUUUGCCUUGGAUUGCUGAGCAGAUGUAAAACUAGUUUUCCCCUUCCUGGUUUUUUCCUCUCUCUCUCCAGACCGAUCAAACCAAAUGAAAUUCUCCCCCCAGAGAAGGGGCGAGAGGUGGCCAAAGAGCUGGGGAUCCCUUAUUAUGAGACCAGCGUAGUAGCCCAAUUUGGCAUUAAGGAUGUCUUCGACAAUGCCAUUCGAGCUGCCCUCAUCUCCCGCCGGCAUCUCCAGUUCUGGAAGUCUCACCUGCGUAAUGUCCAGAGGCCGUUGCUCCAGGCCCCUUUCUUGCCCCCCAAGCCACCCCCACCCAUCAUCAUUGUUCCUGACCCUCCUUCCAACAAUGAGGAGCGUCCAGCCAACCUGCUGGAGGACCCCUUGUGUGCGGAUGUCAUCCUGGUGUUGCAAGAGAGAAUCAAAAUCUACGCGCAUAAGAUCUACCUCUCCACCUCCUCCUCUAAGUUCUACGACUUGUUCUUGAUGGACCUGAGUGAGGAGAGCCAGCAGGGGAUGACAGGAAGCGGCACCGGGGCUGGUGUUGCUGAGCGGACCCUCCAUCAGGAGGAGAGGCAUCACCACGGCCGGGAAUUCCUCCUGAGAGCUGCUAGUUUUGAUAUCUGUGAGAGUGCUGAGGAAGCUGGCUCUGGCCAGCAAAAACCGUGCCUUAGAGCCUCCACCAGCGAUGGGAUAUUGCGGGGCAAGAACUAUGGGGAGCGAGGGCUAAAACGGGGGCGGAUCCUCUCCUCUUGGAGCCGUGCCUUUGUCAGCAUCCAGGAGGAGAUGGCAGAUGACCCCAUGACAUACAAGCCCCGACUUAUGGUGGUGGUGAAGAUGGACCCUUCUAUCCAACUGGGGCCCUUCAGGGCUGUGCUCAAAUAUCUGUACACAGGGGAGCUGGAUGAGAACGAGAGGGACCUGAUGCAUAUUGCCCACAUUGCUGAGCUGCUAGAAGUCUUUGACCUCAGGAUGAUGGUGGCCAACAUCCUGAACAAUGAGGCAUUCAUGAACCAGGAGAUCACCAAAGCCUUCCACGUCAGGAGAACCAACCGGGUUAAGGAGUGUCUGGCCAAGGGGACUUUUUCUGGUACGCUCUAGAGCACUGGGUAGCCUUGUGGGGCAUGGCUAUUGGGACCAAUGUCGUUUGAUUUCCAGGAUGCGGGGGACUCAGAUGAAUUUGGGUAAUGAGCUAAAGUAACAGGGUGGGACAAGACAUUGUUCUCACCCUGGCUUAAGUGUUGCUUUGGAAGCCCUUUAGGAGCCACCUUCGUUAGGAAGAAUGAAUUAGUAGAAUUUUUGAUUGCACUACUUCAAAUGUUUCUGGAUGUCCAAGUUGGGUUGUUUUUUUUUUAGUGUUCUGCCAUGUAAUCAAACUCCUUGCAUGUGGUAAAUACUAUGUCAGAAAGAAGAUGGUUCGUUUUUUGAAUAGCAUUAGCUUUUUCUAAGCUCACCCAUCUAAAUGAAUCCUACUUAAUAGAAAAAAACAUAGGGAAAAUGACUAGGGGAAACCCAAUAUAAAUAAUAAAAUUAUUAUUAGUAUUAUUUAAAUUAUUAUUAAAUUAUUCUUAGGUCUUUCUUCUCUGUUUUGAAUAAACACGAGCUCUUUUUUAUUUUUAGACUGGAGAGCAGAUACACACACACUUUAAAGUGGUAAUGUCUAAACAAGCUUUGGCCCUUGGUUCUGCUGAAUAUAGGAGCUGGCCCUCAUAUAGCUCUUCUGAAUAAAUACGAAGGCUGCUUUCACCACCAGAUGGUUGUCUGUUCCAUUACUCAGGGCUCCUUGCUGUUUCCUGUGCAGGAGCCAAUUUAAUUGUAUUUUUGCUUGCCAGUCAUAGUGCAGAAAAUUCUGUUGCAUUGUCCAGUUUCCUGCUCUUCCUGUCAUCCAUAUAGUUAUGUUGCUAUGAAGGCCUGGUGAUUGUUACGGGUGCUAUUAUUUGGGCUACAAUCACUAACAUUCAAUGAAAUUUCCCUUCUGAUUAAUCCUGUAGAUCAGGGGUGGGGGACCUAUAGUCCUCCAGAUGUUGUUGAGCUCCAACUCUCACCAGCAUGACCAGUAAUAAGGGAUUAUGGGAGCUGUAGUUCAUCAACAUCUGGAGGGCCACAGGUUCCUCACCUCUGCUGUAGAAUAAACACAAAGGCCAGGAAGAUUCAUUCCCUCCUGUCCUGGCCAUUUCUGGGUUAUGUGAAAUAUCAUCAUUAUCCUACGCCUCACCCAGUUCCUGUUUGUGGGAUGUCUGAAUUGCCUUUUUAAGCCUUAGAAGCCUUUGCAUCAUAUUUACAGAGCAAUUCUCAACAUGUUUACUCAAAUAUCUCAUUAUUGUUUCAUGUGAUAACUUCCUAGUAAAUGUGUUUAGGAUUGUGCUGUUGGUUUUGGCUAGCUUUGGCACAACUUGCUAGCCAUUGAGGUUGUAGAUGAGCUUUGCUGCAUAGCUAAAUUAGGGCAUGAUAUGGAAAUUUCAUUGAAUGUUAAUGAUUGUAGCCCCAAAUAAUAGCUCCCAGAAAAAGAUCAAAUAGAUAUAGAAACCCAAAACUCACAGCUCAAAGCUAAUCUGCACAAUUACUUUGUAGAUGGGGGAAAUUGCUGUAGGUGACUUUAUUCCUUCAGUAUUUUUUUUUUUUUGGGGGGGGGGGAUAUGUUCUUGUGGAAGUGCCAUCUUCUAGCCUGUAGUAUCUCAUUAGUUUUCUCUGAGUUGUAUACGGUGCUAGUCCUAUUCGGAGUAGAGCCAUUGAAGUUAAUGGCCAUGACUAGCUUAGGUUGGGCCUACUCUGAGUAGAACUCAAGUUGGCUACAACUCCCUGUUACUAUGUGAUGGUAAAGCACAGUCCACAAACAUAAAAACAUUUGCUUAUGUUUCUUUCCUUGUUUGCAGAUGUCACCUUUAUGCUGGAUGAUGGUGCUAUCAGUGCCCACAAGCCCUUGCUAAUCUCCAGUUGUGACUGGAUGGCUGCUAUGUUUGGGGGUCCGUUUGUGGAGAGCUCAACCCAAGAGGUGAGGCCACCAUGAGCAUGAAAAGCUCCAGACUGAAUUAUCAUCUCUCUAGUUUUUCAACUUAGACAUAGCUCCAACUAAUACUUGGACCCCAUUUCAUACUGUGUGCAACUUCAAUUUUUUUGUCCACACUACACCUGAGCAGAUCUUUUGAUGAGCAAAUGUUUUCAUUUCUUUCAGCUGCUGAGCUAAGAUCCCUGGGGUUCGGGAGGGAGUAGAGCCUGCGUUUUGCUUUUUACACAGUACUCUCAGCAUCCAGGCGAAAGGGAAGAAAAGGGGAGAUGGUAGGGAAGGGUUUUAGGGCAAGUCCCAUUAUGUGGGGCUUGGAGGGGAAGAUGCUAUAUGUUUUAUACAGUAAUAAGGGAUGGACUGGGGGCAGUGCUCAGAUUACAGGGUAUCCAGCUCCCUGACCUUUUGUGGUUUUUAGAAGGCUUUGGGGACACAGUUUGGCUAAAAGGAGUCAAGACUUAUAGUUUUUACUGAGGACCUUCUACCUUUUCUCCCACAAUUUGAGCACGCUUCAAGCAGGGGGGCAUUGUAUUGAAAGCCAACCCUAUGAUGAGGUGGCCAUUUCAAGCAAUAGAUUUUAGGUGCCAGUAAAGGUGGCAGAGUGGGAAACAGCCAGGACCCACCAAGAAGUCCUUUUAUACAAGCUCCAUGAAAAUAAAUGGAAGCUAUGCAGAUUAUGUCCCAUUUUAAUGAGCGAGGAGGAGAAAUACUGCUUGAAUUUUCCAACUUCAGAAAGAAACUGUCCUUGGCCAGCAGUGUGGUCAGCACUUUGGAAAGGUCCUUUCCCUUCUGAAACCGUUGCAAACGGCAGACAAUCUGUGCAAGACUACCUAUGUUAUGUCAACCUUGAAACAACAUACAAAGGGACUUUUAGGACCCUGAUUUGCCUAUUGCAUUUUCAUAUGGCAAAUUCACACCCAUUUGCAAAAAUACAUAAAUUUGGUAACCUGGGAAUGGUGGUGCCCAUGUAUCUUUUUCACCAGGAUGUAAACAUUGUAAACCAGAUGCAGAGAAGGAGCUGGUACCUUACUAGGUAUGCUGAUGUGUGUGAAAAAUAUGCAACUUCCUGAUGCCCUGCUGUAUAUUAUUGAGGAAAUAAAAUGAUCACAAACUCUGCAGUUUCAAUGUCUUGUCCCUCUUGGGGCUCAACCAAAAGAUAUGGUAGGAACUGACUGUGGCUGCUUUCAGAGUGGUGUGAGUGUCUUCUGGACAGGCUCCAUUCUGACCUAAAAGUAUAAGAAGAUCCUGCAGAGAAGAGAUGAGGAGUCUGUAGCCCUCUAGAUGUUGUUGGACUCAAAAUUCUAUCAGCUGCAAUCAGCAUUGCCAGUGGGCUAGUAUGAUGGGAGUUGUAGUCCAGGGGCACCUGGAAAGCUGCAGGUUCCCUAUCUCUAUUGUGAAAGCAACAACAAUCCAUCCCAGUGAGUAGGGGGGAAACCCAGUAGCCUAUUCUCAGGGCAAGCUUUUAUAGGGCUCAAGCAAUAUCACAUGAUCCACUCUAGUCUAUUAAGUGCUAGGCUGCCUGAACACUCUAUAAUUCCCCUCAUUAGCCAGAGCAAAUGAGGUGGUACACAGGCUGGACUCCCUGCCCUCAACCAUUGGGUUGAAUAAAAGGGCAAAUAGAAGUGAAGAGUUGUUGUAUGCAGUUUUUCUGUAUCUCAGUAUGUUGUGAAAUUAACCCCUCUUGUGUGCAUGUCCUUGCUCUUACAGGUGGUUUUACCUUACACCAGCAAGAGUUGCAUGAGGGCAGUGCUGGAGUACCUGUACACGGGGCAGUUUUGUUCCACAUCAGACCUUGAUUACAUGAAGCUUAUCAUUCUUGCCAACCGCCUGUGUCUGCCACACCUAGUUGCACUGACAGGUAAUACUGGGGAGCUGCAGGCACAGUUCUGACUUCAUAGCUGUGAUCAGGCAUAAUAUGGGGCAAUGAAGGAGCUUAUGCCUUCUGCUUAACAGCGUGAAAGUACUGUGCUUUGAUCCUUCUCCUCACCUUUUGGAGUGGCAUUAGCUUAGGAAGCGGUGAUGUCGUUAGGUGUCAUUGUAUGAUAUGGAGAACCUUCCCUGAAGGCACUGAUGGGAUGAUAGGGUUUGAGGCAAGCCAUGAUAGGGUUUGAGGCAGUGUUCAAAGUAGGCUUACAUGGAGAUAGACAACAAGGGUGUGACUUUCUGGCUGACCCACUGCUUGUCUUGGUCUGGCCGGCAGGUGGCGCACUGUGCCCCUCUUCUGCCCUCUCUCAGGCCCCAGAAUGAGGAGAGGCUGAGCUGGGAGAAUGAACUGUUCUGCUUAAGAGAGGAGUGGAGUAUCACAUUUGUGAAUGCUCCACAGUUUAAAAAGUUUCCUUUUUAAACAAAAGUAGAGUGGGCUGACCUAGAACCUCUCCCCUUGAUUGAGAAGCUCGAUGUUUACUUGCAAGGUUUAAAACAAAAACAAAAACAUUUUUAAAAAAUGGCAGGCCCUACCUGACCCUGAAGGGGUCUGUGUCUUAUUCAGUGGAGUGGUGGGCUGCAGAUGCUGAGCUCUGAUGAUGUUGUUGUGGAGCACAUCAAGGGUGAGUCCAAACCCACUUAGCAUUUAUUGACAUACUGUGGCACCAAAUACAUAAGCAAUUCACUACUGUCCACAGGAUUGCUUUCCUCUGGAGUUGCCUAUUUUAUUUUAUGUAGAAAAAAAAAUUCAUGUAGAAAAGCAGGCCCAUGUGCUUGUUAGAACAGGAUUCAGUUUUGUCUCAACAAAUACAAAGUGAAUAUGGAUUUCUUCUCAAACUGGGUAAUUUAAAAACAAACAAACGAACUCCACAGCAAUAACCCCACAGCUGUGUUAGAAAACUUAGAAUCCAGUUUCUUCCUUGCUUAAAAACUGAAAGAAAAAGAUUGGUCUUUACCUAUUCUGCCCUAUUAGUCAGGAGGUCACACUGAUGCACUCUGACCUUAUUGUAUGUGUGUGUUUUUACAGAACAGUUCACGGUGUCUGGUCUGAUGGAAGCAACUCAGAUGUUAGUGGAUAUUGAUGGUGACGUCCUUGUGUUCCUGGAGCUGGCUCAGGUAUAAUAAACGGCUUGGUCAUAGUGAAUCCGUAGUGAUCCCUUGAGAUCAGUCACAUUGAACUCUGAGACUUGCUUCCCAGUCAUCUUGUACAGCAGUUGGCUCAAGGGGCCAAAUCUGGCAGAUUGCCACCAGGGACUCACCUGUCAGUUACACGUCACAUGACUGACAGGUGGGCAGGGUCCACCCCCACCCCCCUGCUUCAAAGAGCAUUUGCUCUUUGAAGCAGCUCAGCUUUUCCUUUAAGCAAGAGGGUAGGAGUAGCAGUGGCAGUGGGGUCCCCCCACGCACGCACCUCCCACUAAGGAAAGAAGUGAGAUCAACUGAUGAAUAGGGAUUAAAUUCCACUGCCUUGGCUGUGUGAUCCUGUUCCCUGUUGGGAACAGGGCACACAGCCAGUGCAAGAUUAAAUCCUGCCCUUCUGCCCAUCAGCGGACGUUACCAGUGGUAGGUGUGUUUUGGGGGAAAUGUUCUUGUGGGUCAAGCUGGACCCUCUGGUGGGCCAAGAUUGGCCCAUAUGCUGAAGGUUCCCUACCCAUUCUGUACAGGAUUGCACUGUUGGUAGCCCCAGUCAUUUCCUUAGCAGUACUGGCUAAAUUACCCUGUGGUGUUGUGCUGUGACUCAUGUCAAUAUCUUAUUUCCCCCCUCCCACAGUUCCAUGGUGCCUACCAGCUAGCCGACUGGUGCCUCCAUCAUAUCUGCACCAACUACAACAACAUCUGCCGCAAAUUUCCUCGAGAGAUGAAAGCAAUGUCAGCAGGUCAGCAUGGAAGAAUUAUGAGUUGUGCAUUGCCUUGGGUGUCCAUGAAGAAAAGCAACAAAUAAGAUUUUUAUAGCCGUUUCUUAAACAUGCACAAGAGUAUCAGUUUCAGCUUAGAGCCAAUUUGUAACCCUUGUAAUCUCAGAAAAACCCUUAAAAAUGGUUUAGAACACAUGAGGCCUGUUCCCAUCCCAUUCCUUCUAGUAGGAUUCCUCACUGCAGUUGCUGAUCCUCAGGGUUGGCUCCUGUCUGCGCCUCUCUUCCACUGAAAGCUGUUCUAACCCUUUCAGGUCAAUGGCUGAUGCCAUCUAGUUUUGCUUCAAAUAAAUUGCACAUUGACAGUUCAGAGCUUUGCAAACCAUCCACGUCUCCCCAGAUUGCUUUUCCCACAAACUUCAGCUGCAUGUUUGCAAUUCUGACUUUACUUUUUUAACUGUACUAGCAGGCUUUUAAAGUUCCUUCCUUCCUCCCAUUGCAGAGAACCAGGACUAUUUUGAGAAGCAUCGGUGGCCCCCAGUUUGGUACCUGAAGGAGGAGGACCACUAUCAGAGGGCCAGGAAGGAGCGUGAGAAGGAAGACUACCUCCAUCAGAAACGGCAGCCUAAGAGGAGGUGGCUCUUCUGGAAUGCCUCCUCCCCUGCCCAGUCACCUUCCUCAUCAGCAGCCACAGCUUCAUCUUCAUCUUCCUCCUCCUCCUCUGCUGUGGUCUGAGAGAUGCACUGCCCCUACACACACACACUCCUCUGUCUCUCUUGAGAGAAGGGAGCCUGCCACCCUGACCAACAUCUGGCUUGACAGGCUUAGAGAGGACACCACCAGCUAAAACCCUCAGUGGAGAAAACAAGCAUGAAUGUCCCUGGGAGGUUAGCAAGAACCUGUGCAGGUGGAGCUCAGGGUCUGGAGCAUCCUACAUCUUCACCCAGAGCUCUCUCCAUAGGGUCCCAGUCCUUGCUCAGCCAGUGUUGGCGCACAGCCGUUGGAGGUUGCCUGGGUGGAAUGGCAGGCGAGCCAGUUUUCUUUAGAAGGGGGCUCACUCAUCUAACAGGACACACCUCAUGUUUACAGGAAUGCAAGAGGUUUACUUUGAAAAUCUGCUACAAGGAAAAUGCAGUAGUUCUUCAUUGAUUUAAUGAGAGUUCCCGCACCUUUGCAAAAAAGAAAUUAUGGGGUGCCUCACACUGUCCGCCCCUCUGCACCAUGUCAUUUCAAGCUGCUGAAGACAGGCGCUGUGCCCCAGAAUUUUUUUUCUGGGCUUCUUUUCAUGACAAGGUGAUCAUUUUUCUGUUGCACGUCCACCCCUGGGGCCUAGCUCUAGGAUGUUUGCUAGCAGCAAGGCACAGAUCCUGGGAGCAUCAAACAGCUGUGGACCCUCCUCAUGAGAGGCAGGCCCUGCUAGAGGAGGCAUAGGCCAACAGAUGCUUCAGCUCUGCACUGAGACUGAAUUGCAACAGGAAAAAAGUCCUAGAACACAGAACAUGCCUGCUGUGGCUGGAAAGAUGCUGUUUUCUUUCUUUCUCUCAUUGCUUGCACACUACAAGUUACCAGGUUGGCUAGCCCAAUGAGACCAAGUUAAGAAAGUUGGCGAGGGAGUCUCUUCCAUCCUGGCCUGUGCUGGCCACGAUGUUUGGGAAUGUGCCGCUUCUGAAAGAAUUGGAAACUCCAGCAGUUGACACCGUUUUUAAUGAAGCAAACCAAUACACCAACUUGGAUUUUAGUGUGCAAGGUUGUGUUGUAAUAAAUGGUAUUUUGAAAAGAUG